GAAGGGGGCGGGUCCGCGAGGUGGCGCAGGCGCAGAGAGAGCUGCUGCAAUGGCGCUGUCCUGCAACCUGAACAGGUACCUGCUGCUCAUGGCGCAGGAGCACCUGGAAUUCCGCCUGCCGGAAAUAAAGUCUUUGCUUUCGCUUUUUGGCGGUCAGUUCACCAGCAGUCAGGAAAGUUAUGGAAAGUCUCCGUUUUGGAUUCUUAGCAUCCCCUCUGAAGAUAUUGCAAGAAAAUUAAUGAAACGGACGGUGUGUGCCAAGUCUAUAUUUGAACUCUGGGGGCAUGGGAAAUCUACCGAGGAGCUGUACAGUUCUCUUAAAAAUUACCCUGUGGAGAAGAUGGUUCCAUUUCUGCACCCAGACUCUACGUAUAAAAUACAAAUCCACACAUUUAAUAAAACCUUGACACAAGAAGAAAAAGUGAAACGAAUAGAUGCACUCGAAUUUCUGCCUUUUGAAGGAAAAGUGAAUUUGAAGAAGCCUCAGCAUACAUUCUCUGUUCUGGAGGACUACGGUUUGGACCCAAACUGCAUCCCUGAAAAGCCCCAUAAUAUUUAUUUUGGUAGAUGGAUCGCUGAUGGUCAGAGAGAGCUAAUUCAGUCAUACAGUGUCAAGAAGAGACACUUCAUUGGAAAUACAAGCAUGGAUGCUGGCUUGUCUUUCAUCAUGGCCAACCACGGACAAGUAAAGGAGAACGAUGUGGUCUUUGACCCAUUUGUUGGAACAGGCGGCCUCCUGAUCGCCUCGGCUCGCUUUGGCGCCUACGUGUGCGGGACCGACAUCGACUACAACACGGUUCACGGCCUGGGGAAGGCUACUAGGAAGAACCAGAAAUGGAGAGGACCGGAUGAAAAUAUCAGGGCGAACCUUCGUCAGUAUGGGCUAGAGAAAUAUUACCUGGACAUCCUGGUCUCAGACGCGUCGAAACCUUCCUGGAGGAAGGGCACGUAUUUUGAUGCAAUCAUCACGGAUCCUCCAUACGGCAUCAGAGAAUCUACAAGAAGAACAGGUUCACAGAAGGAAAUACCUAAGGGGAUGGAAAAAUGUCCAGAGAGCCACGUUCCAGUGUCCUUGAGUUAUCACCUGAGCGAUAUGUUUUUUGACCUGUUAAACUUUGCAGCAGAGACCCUCGUGUUGGGCGGAAGACUAGUCUACUGGCUACCGGUAUACACACCAGAGGACAGUUUGCCGACUUUCGUAGACCUCCACCCUUAGCUCCGCGCCUGCAUGUUCGCAGUGGUUGUCUUUCAGUAGUUUGGCCGCAGUCUACAGACAGUGGUUUUUCCCACUCCGUGGAGCGAUCACGUAUGCACCCCACCUCACAGCUUUUGUAUAUAUCGUCUAUUGUGUAGCUUUAAAUGCUGGGGCCCGAGUGAGAGCUACACAGAUAUUUAAAGCCCUGUUUGUGUACAGCAUUACUGAUUCGGAUUUUAUUACUUGGUACUGUCCAGUGGCAGACAGAACUAUAAAGCGGGCUGUUUUGUUGUUCGCUUUGGGAUGUGGUACUGGGAGCUUCCUGGCCACGCCGCUAUCAGCUGUAAGGACACAUUCGUGCCCCGGCUGCUAAAUGCUGGCUUUGUGUUUUCUCGCCAGGGAUAAUCUCUUUUAACCGCUUCAUUUUAGAAAUGAGGAACCUUAAUUCCAAGGAGUAAAAUGAUUUGUCCAAAGCUAGCUAGUUGUUUUCCGUAGUGCUGUGUUCUUUUUAUUUCGGCAGCUCGCCAGGUCUCGCAGCUGGUAUUUGAAGCGGUGGGUAGGGUUUUAUUAAUUUAAAAUAAAACAUUAUUUCAUAGGAUAUAUCUGUUCAUUUCUGUGCAAAAAUGUUUGCUGCCUUAGACACGUUGUACUAAAAUAUUCUCAAGCUUCUGCUGUUUUGAAAACACGUCUAUCAUUUGUGUACAGGCUCUCUAGCUACCACUGUGCUUUCCUCUUCCUUUU